AUCUCCAGACAGGGGCACUGUUACUGCUAUCAAAAGAGUGUCAAAUGGAUGCUCGCUGCCAGCACGUUAGUUUUGUUCAUGAAUUAACUUCGACAAAGGAAGGUGGCCACGCCGGGGUUCAUGUAACUACUUUCUGCCCCAUCCAAUGAUAUUUUUCAUAACCAGACAAAGGAUUUAAUAGAGUUUUGCACCGUGUUUUGCACUUUCUGUUCUGCAAGGCAAGCACAUGUUCUGGAAGAAGAGGAAGACUCCUACCUAAAACAGCACAUCUACACCCAAGACCCGUCUUUUUGGAUGAUUGGAUGAAAUGCCUUGACCUAGGCAAUAGCGUAUAAUGGCAGGAUUAGUCUCGCUUGUAGGUUUGGUGGCAGUGCUAAAGACCCACAUGGACCACCGUGGCCAAAGUGCAGUGCUUCUGGGAAUGACGCUGUUGAUAAACGUGAUAGCUGCUGACUCACCUGUUGCAGAUGUGUCUCUCUUUGGCUCUACACACCAUGCUGAGGAAUUUCUUGAUGAUAUUUCAAGUCCAAGAAGAUUAUCAUUAUCACCCUCACCAACUUCUCAUACCACUGCCUUUGAGGACCUAAACACUCCUGGCACUCAACAACUCAUUCCUGAAUUGCAACAUGAAUCCUUCACACCAAUUGGCCUUGAUGUAAAAGAACCACAGCCUCUUUUGCCAUCUAUACAUCACUCUCAGCUGGUCUUGGGAUCUCUUUCAGCAUCUCAGAUGCAACCUCAGUCAAAUUUAUCAAGACCCUCAGCGUUCAAAAGAUCAACAGUGUCACAGCUUAGUUUGUUAAAGGAAGUAGCUAAAGAUGCACAAAACAGUGAAUCUGAAAAAAUCCUCACAACAGCUUCCUCACUGCCUCUUGAGACACUGGAUUUUAGUGACUCUCCAUCAGACGAAGCUUAUAUUUUAGAUCAUGUCUUACUGGAUCGUGAGCUGCCUGUAAAGAAUUCUAGUAAAAUUCAGCAUGUGAACCAGCUGAGGCCUAGUGGUGCCCUAAUGCAAGAGAAUAAACCAGAAACUAUUCUACCCAACUCACACGAGAUUCUAGCUCCUAGCUACCAUGUGCCUUUAAUCGGCCUCCACCUUACAUCACCUUCGUCUGAACCAACUGAGGCUCCCCCAGAGGACUUUUAUCCCUCCAAUACCAUGGACUUUGACUGGGGGUCUGGAGAUUACUUGGAGACAAUGGCAUUCUUAAGUCCAGAAGAAGAGGACUACUCUUUGGUCACCAAAGUUCCUGACACAUACGAUCAAGAGGACAAUACAGAAAAAUAUGACACAGCCUUCCCUUCUAGAGUGGGCACAUCUUUUUCAUCCUUGCAUCAUCUUCAUAUCCUGCCAACUUCAAGCCUAAUGACAGCAAGUGUCACACAUUUACCUCUGACACCUAUUGUUCCCUCCUCUUUUUCCUCCUUUCAUGCCACAGUUCAUUACACACUGGAAGUUACUCCUACUAUUAGCAGUGAGAUAGUAGAAGCAUCAGACGUAGAUUGGUCAGAUACGUACAGCAUUCAGCCAACAGAUGUCCUCUUACCUGACAUGAACAGCUUGGAAUAUUACACCACUCAGCUCACUAAGGAGAGCACUGGCUCAGGGAGUGAAGCUGAACAAAGAGGGAACAUCACGGUGGUGCCCAUCAGUACAUCAGACACUACACCCACCAACAGCAUCGCCAAUGAUACAAAAGUUACAGAGGUAGACUCCUAUAGUGAUUCGUCGGGCUUUGAGCCACAUAGCAAAAUAACUGAGCUUUUUAAUGUCUCAAAGCUUUUUUUGGACCAUUCCAUUGUCACUACCUCCUUUCUUGAACCAUCUUCCACCAUCUGGCCCACUCAGAUAUUUACCACAGAUUGGUUUGCAGGUACUCGUACUGUUGGCCUGCACAGUUCUUCAGUUAUACUCCCCAGCCCUACAGAUUUUUGGCCGGAUGAUGUCGUGUCUUCCCUCUCUCUGACUGAUGUCCAAUGGUUUGUCACAGAAUCCUUCCCACAAAGUACCAUACACUCUACUCCUGUAUUAACUGCAACAGCAGCCUCCUCCUCAAGUCCUACGGAACACCCAUCCAUUACAACUGAGCAAGUUUUCACUUCAAUUUCAUCUAAUGGCACUUUGGUGCCCCCUGUCAUGUUGGGUGAUCAGGGGGUGACUACAGAUAAAUUUGACAAUCCAGCCACAAUGACCUUGAUCCCAACCAACAGUGACGCUAAUACCACCCAGCCCAUACCCACGUCUCCCAAUGCCAACACAAGUUUUCAUCAAGAAACAACUGGAAUUGCUGUCAAUGUUACCCCUGUCACAAGUGGUGAGAGGCAGAAUACCACUCUCACAUCCAGACAGUACCUCUGCAACCUUGAGAAGCCUAAGCAUUUCAUUAAAAUUGGUUUUCCCUCGGGGGUCACUGUUGGAUAUGCCAAAUUUCAAGUCGGGGAGAUCCUGAAACAGGAAUUCAACAAAUCGGUCGAGAUACAGGUUAUAGAACUACCACCAAAGUUUGUGUUUCGGGUAGUAUCGGGUCCAGUUGUGUACACAGCCAUUUCUGUCGUCAAUGCCUUACGACGGUCAGGACGCCGCUUCCUGUCCGUGUCUCCCAACUGGGUUAUACCAGACAAUAAAUAUCAAGUCCACACAGUGUUGCAGUUUGUUCCCGGUCAUAUUGAUGUGCGGUUUUGCAACUUCAGUGAGAGUAUUGAGAGAGGUCUCACCAUGGCCUUUACGGAAGUGCGUCGGCGCACCAAGGCAUCAGCCAAUUUCACAGUGCAGAUUAUAAAUAUUACCAUGACUGCCCCUGAAAAUCAACAACGACUGUGGAGGUAUCCGGUGGACAUCACCUUCACUGUGCACAACUCCAAAGGCUAUCUAAUGGGGUCAGAGGUCAGCAAUGCUCUUAUGAAGCUCGCCAAGGUGGAAUUCAGCUAUUACAUGGGCUUCCCUGUCUUGCAGAUUGCUGAGCCUUUCCAUUAUCCAGAGUUGAACACAAGCCAGUUCCUUCGCUCCUCCUGGGUGAGAACAGUUGUUCUCGGAGUGUUGGACAGUGAAGUGGGACAGAGGACUUUCCAAGCCAACAUUGAGCGCAGAGUGGCCAUGUUACUUGGGGAGGCCAUGGGAUUAGUCAGACGUGUGAAGAGAGCCACCAGCGUGGGCAACAGCAGCGUUCAGGUUGUGAGCAUGAACCGGCUGGUGGGCACAGACCAUCCCUUGGAAGUUGUGUAUUUUGUGGAGGGCCCUGACGGUCAGAGGGUCCCUGCUGUCGAAAUGGCCGACAUCCUCAAUAGCCUGGAUGUCCAAAAGGCUGCAAUCAUCCUGGGAUAUCGCAUUCAGGGCAUAUUGGCACAACCUGUAGAGAAGGUGCCAUCAUCACCUUCUGACACUGAGAACCCCAACAUGUGGAUCAUCAUUGGAGUGGUGAUUCCUCUCCUGGUGGUCAUUAUCAUCAUUUCCAUCCUCUACUGGAAACUGUGUCGAACCGACAAGCUGGAGUUCCAGCCUGAUGCCAUGGCUUCCAUGCAGCAGAGACAGAAGUCUGCUACCUCACAGUCCCCCAUUCACCAGGCACUACCUCAGCAUGAGAGGGCUAUAAAGUUUAGUGAGGAAGAAGAAGCGGGAUUUGAGGAGGAAGAAGAGGACUAUGACGAUGGAGAAGAAGAGUAUGAAGAGGAGGAAAUGAAGGGACCAUUCGCUCUUGCUAAGAGCAAAAACAGUACACCCAGUGAGGAGGACGAGGAGGAGGACGAAGAAGAGGAUGAGGAAGAAGACAAGGAUGAGGAAGACGGGAACAUGAAGAGGGUUAAUGGGAGAGCAUUCAAACCAGGACAAGAAUACAAGGCGGCACUAAAGAAAUCAGAGGAGACGAAGAAAGAGGAGAGAAUGAAAGUGUUCCCAACAGGGAGGCGGGCCAAGGAGGAGUUGCAGGCUCCCAGUGUGAAAGGCUUUGACUUUGCUAAGCUGCAUCUUGGCCAGCAGAAUAAAGAUGAUGUCAUGGUGGUCCAGGAAUCCAUCCCAGCGGGGUCUCUGCCUGUGUCAGAUAAGGAAGGCCCCAGUCCAUCACAGAAUGGGGAGGGCCCCACUCCCAUAUCUAAAAACUCUGCCUCCUCCACUAGGGCAUCCCGCAACAGUCGGAGACGAGAGAGGAUCUCACCGUCAGACGGGGAUUCCAUGGUGAGUGACCGCUCCAGCGGGAGAGAGUCAACCGAGGAGAACCUGAGAGCGCAGGCCACGCCCAGCGACAGCAAGCAGACUCGGAAGGUCCCCAUCAAUGUUUUAAAUGGCAAAAAUAAAAUUGGUCCUCCUCCUACGAAUGGUCUAAAUGAGCAGUUCUCAUCCACCUCCAUCUUCGAACAUGUCGAUCGAAUGUCUCGGGCCACAGACGUAAGCCGAAGACUCCCCAACAAAGUGCAGCUUAUCGCAAUGCAGCCCAUGUCGGUCCCACCCUUGCACAGCCACACUGCCGCUGCCAAACUGCCCGAUACCAACCAAAUGAACAAGGAGAUCCAAGUAGCGCUAAGGCAGAAAUCGGAGAUUGAGCACCAUCGAAACAAGAUCCGCCUGCGUGCCAAGAGGAAGGGACACUAUGACUUCCCCGCAAUGGAUGACAUAGAUUGCAGCCUUGGGGACGCCAAAGACCAGGAUCACAUCUACCAGAAAGCACAAAUGCAGAUGGAUAAGAUCUUGGACCAGAAUGCACAGAUCUUCAUGGAGCCCAGAAAAAGUGCUCGAGGGAGGCGCUCUUCCAAACAGCAGAUAAAGGAGCAGUCACAUGGAGGAGUGAUGGAUGCAGACAAAGAUCACCUAAUCUCUGAAGACACUGAUCCUGUUUAUAGGAAGUGUCCUGGGGUCAACAAUGUGGCCUUUGUGUCGGACCCUGACCAAGCCACUCACGGAAGCCCAUCCCCCACCGACGACGUCUUCCUUGGUUCCGCUUCCUCACCUCCUGGGCACGCCCCUCCUCCACCUCCCUACAUGCCUCCACAGCCCUCCAUUGAAGAGGCAAGGCAGCAGAUGCAUUCACUGUUGGACGACGCCUUCGCCCUUGUGUCGCCCACUUCUCAGUGCAGCUCAGCUGGGGUCACUCUUCCAGGGGUCAGCGUCAACCCUUCUGACUUCAGCCCUCCAGGCCGUGGCCCCAGAUCUUGGGGCCCCUCCUAUCAAGGACUUGGCCCUUACACCGGUAGAUUCAGUGACCUGAGCGUGUCUCCUCCUCUGGUCCAAGGCCCUGUACCAAGACAGGACCGUGGUGUGAGUUACCUCCCCCCAGGAGAGGCAGCAGGACCAGGGGAGGUAGGCCAGAUUGCCAGCCUUUACUCCAGCAGAGGACUCUAUGCUGAUGAGCUACCCACAUCAGCCAGACCACGACCAGUAGGGGGCACUACAGGCGGCCAGCUUCAUCAUCUUACACAGGUGGGCUUGUCUAGCCGGAUGAAUGGUUAUCCAGCGGGGGUCAGAGGUCAUCCGGGACAGAAUGGAGGCAUCAGCUGGAGCAACUACCAAGAUGACAAUUACUGCAGAGCAGUUCCAGAUAAUAAUGCAAUGCCCAGAAGUGUGCUCAGGGAGCCGUCAGCACCUCCUGCCCACCUGGACACCGGGUUAGACUACUUAUCAGCCCCGCUCCCACUGGCUACCACCCCUCCCACCCAGUCCUCGGCCUCCUUGAUCAAGGCCAUCCGGGAGGAACUGUUGCGGCUAUCACAGAAACAAGGCUCUUUGUCCAGCUACCACAGCUGAGGAACUCUGCUUGCUAACGUGACCAUGCUUCCCAUGGAAGUCCCACCAAGGUGUACAGCAGAGAGAUAGUCCUGCUCACCAUCAACAUACAGGUGGCUCAUUAAACGUUUCAGUAUUCAUAUUUUGACAAUGCAGUCACCUACAGUAUGUCACUGUGGGACAGUGUUUUUACAUGAAGAUAAGUAUGAAGAAGCUGAACCUAGAUGAUGAGCAAUGAAACAUCAUCAUUUUGGACCUACAGUAUGUAAGAUUUAGGUUGUCAGUGUCAUGGUUCUCAUGCACACAUUUUUUUUUUUUUUUAAGAAAUGGUCAUCUCUCCAUCUAUGUUGUUUUCUGCCAUGAUGAGCCAUGCUUUGCCGUGACACUGUGAAGGAGUUCACCUGACCCACAGUAAGGUCAUAGUUCACAGCCAGCCAGGCACAAGAAGUGUACCAUACAGACUACAUGAUGCUACCUAUUUCUUAGCUUAGUCAGAGCUGUUACUUCUGGACCUUUUGCAUUCAAGUCCUGUUUUGUAAUGUUAAUCAAAAAAAUAUUUAGAAAUGAAUAGCGACACAAAUGCCUUGAAAUCAUCCCAAUGUAGACUGUUAGAAAGUAAGAUAUUGCAAUAGUGAGUACUGUACAGUAUGUACUAAGUGCUUGGCUGUGUUUUGCUGCGCUGUAUGCAGACUACUUGGUAGCGCUCAGGUCUGGAUGAGUUAUUUGUUUGUUUUUUUAAGGCAGGUUUGAUUGGUCGUGUGUGAUACAUCGACCGGUAACGUGUUUACUAAAUCACCAUCUCUGUUUUCAUGCAGUAUUUAAAGUUUGCCUUUUUAACACAGGGUACUGUAUUUAUAAAUCAGUCAUGUUAAUGUGCUUUUUAGAAAAAAAAAUUAUUGUCAUUGUCUUGUGUAAUUAUGUGCACCAUACAAGUCAUUAAACUGAUUGGAAUACUGGGUUCCUUCCCUGAACCUGAAGGUGUUUUAUU